GCGCUGGGUCCAGAGCGGCCCGAGGAGGGGAUGCUCUGUGUGCCGGAACGGUGAGAGUUUCUCAGAGGCAAUCCUCCCAUUGCAGCUGCUGACAGCACUGAAAACCUGUGUGCUUCGUGGUGUCCAUCGCCCAGCUGGCAACGAUUCCCUGGUGUUUGGUGCAUUAAGUCACACCCAGCUGUGUGGGAUGGCAGAGUCAGGUGGGCCCUUUAUUGAACAGAUUUAUCUGCUACAAGGCUACGCAGAAGGAUGGAAAGGAGGAACACAGGGGGAAAAAAAAAUAGAUGAAAGGCCAUGCAUUGAUCACCUGAUGUACUCCAGAGACAAACAUGGCUAUUACAGGGGCUGGUUCUGGGGUAACAAGGAAACACAAGGCCUAAACACCUCUGGCUUGUCUGUCCAAGGAUCUGCCUCAAUUGUGGCUCCCAUCCUUCUGAAGAACUCUUCAGCACAGUGAGUUACCUUCUAUAACUAUUUAUUGUUGUAUUGUUGUUGUGAGACCUCAUUGCUGGGUGAGAAGACCAGGGGAAAUUAAAGGCUGUAUGCCACUGUUACUUCCCUGAAUUCUUGUACUCUGUUAAAAUCAAAACACAAGGGAUUUACACUGUAAGAAACACUUAAAUGUAAGUUAAGGUAAAGGUCACAGUGCUAAAACCUAAGAGCAGAUAGCCUUGAGCUCCUUUAUAUUCCUACUCCUGCCUCCAGGGUAUCAUCAGCUAUCCCCUAGAUCUUGCAGUGGAAGAGAUGCUGAACCAUCAGCUGUUCCAUAUUCUACACCACGUGUCUUUUUACCAUGCUCCUCUGAGAAGCAUCUCUCCCUUCUCUGUUUCUUUGCAGACAAGAAGGGAGAAAUUUGGAUUGCCUUUGUUCUUUUGCCUGUUCAUAAAAAGGCCGCUUGUGGCUGUGUGCAGUGGCAACUGCAUCACAGAAUCUUAGAGGUGAUUAUUCGCAGGUUAAGGAAAUAAUUCCCUUUUUUGUCACUGCUGCGCUGAAUUUCAUAGGCGUGUGUGUGGCUCGAUGCCUAAGAUAUUUAAAGCAGGUUUUAUUCUUACAGGGGUUUUGCACACUAAAGUGUGCGCCCAGGUUUUGUUUCCAGAAGUGAGGUGUAGCGCUGGGUGUUUCAUUUGGUGUGUUACUUGUUCUGUUGUGUCAAUAACUGCAGUGUCCUCCCUGUGCCUGUGUAUUGCAGGGGCAGUCGAGUGCUGGUUAUAAAGGUGGUGAUAAUUAGGAAUAAGCUGUUUAAGCUUGGAUAAAUGUUUAGAAAUCAUUGCUUUGAUAUUGCUGUGUAAAACACCGCUCGCUCGCGGUGGGAGAAUUCUCCAGGGUCAAGCUGUUCAGAGGCAGGGUUCCUGGACGAGGUGACCCAGGACAGCUUCGUGCUGGGCCCGGGCUACGACCGCCCCUAGCAGCUGGAGCCCGCGGUGAGGGAGCCCAAGAGCAUCCAGCUGUACCAGCACCUCAGCCUCAAGAGCUGCAUCUGGACCUUCGACGCUUAUUACGACAUGACCGAGUUAAUUGAUGUCUGUGGGGGCUCUGUCACCGCUGACUUCCAGGUAAGGGACUCUGCCCAGUCCUUCCUGACAGUCCACGUCCCUCUCUCCGUGUCCUACAUCUGUGUGACGGCACCGAGGGGCUGGGCUUCCCUGGAGCACCGCACCGAGAUGGAGUUCUCCUUCUUCUACGACACCGUUCUCUGGAGGACAGGGAUCCAGACGGACAGCGUGCUCUCGGCCCGCCUGCAGAUAAUCCCCAUCUACAUCCGCGAGGACGGACGGCUGGUCAGCGAGUUCAGGACGCAGGCCAAGUUCAGAGCGCUGUUUGUCAUGGAGCACCACAGCCUGCCAGAGGUCAGGUCCUCUUUGAGAACUCCAGAGCACCUGGGAGGCAUCGAAUUUGACCUGCAGCUGCUGUGGAGUGCUCAGACUUUUGAUUCUCCCUGCCAGCUCUGGAGAGCAACCAGCUCCUACAACAGGAAGGAUUACUCUGGAGAAUACACCAUGUUCCUGAUCCCCUGCACGGUGCAGCCCACGCAGCCGUGGGCAGAGCCUGGAGCCAAGCCCCUGCCCUGCACGGCUCACGCUCCCGAGCGGUUUUUGAUCCUGAUCACCUUCCAGCAGACAAGCCGCCCAGUUCCAGUUGUUUACUCCCAGAACGCAAGAGUUUCAGAUCUGUAACGACGAGAAGGUUUUUCUAAUGGACCCCACCAAAUCGGAAAGGUCUCUGGCAGAAAUGGAUUACAAGGGGGCUUUUUCCAAGGGUAGGAUUUACCUCUCCU